UCGAGGAAAUACAAGGAAACGGAAAGCAACUGGAAGAGACGCGGCGUCGUUUGGCCAUUGAGGGCUCAUCUUUGAUCAUAAAAGGAGUCUGGUGGAUAAACCGUGAAAGUGCCAAUAUUUCGCGAAUAAAAGUACGUCGACCAUAUACGCGACGCUAUACAGAAACGGAUGGGCUGGCGCGCAUCGAACGGUAAAAUCGAAGCAAAAUUGACGGCGCCACGAACGAGCAUCUCGCUGGAAGAAUAUGAGGCCGUUGUGUGAGCGCCGGUUCGAUCGAGGAGAAUUAAUUUCCCUUCCGGUCAUCGGGUCACGGCGAAAUGAGCGUGCUGCCGAGAUUAAUCGUGUCUUCAUGAAAGCUCGGAUCUCACGUUAGUCGCUCGAUCAGCAAACAACAAGCGGUCUCUUCUCGACCCAUGAACGGGUGCAAGAGACACGCCAACGUAAGAAGGCAAGGCACAUUGGGUGAAGUUCUUUUCGAAUCAACCCAAAAGAAAAUAAAGAUAAGCAGAUAGUACCCACCUAAUCUUGAGAUCUUCACAUCAAUCUUCCUGAAAUCCUAUUUGAAAUAUUACCCGUUCUAAACGAAAGUGGCUCUCUAAACAACGCAAAGUUCUGACGCACGAGAAAUCGAUGGUGGUCGGAAGCCAGGUGGCUCGAGGCAACGAAGGGUAAGUCGCGAGUAUCAUUCGGCAAAUAGCAAGAUCCGGAAAAGUAUUUCACGUCUCAGCAGCAAUCCUCUCUAUUUGGCGGACGAUCCCCAUCGUUCUUCGUCUUUCUCGGAUUCUCAUUCGAGCUCCACCAUCGUUUCGCGUCUUUCCACGUCACGGGCAUAAAAGUAUAACGACUUGGGACGCGUUACGUCCGCGGUUUACAGGGGGAGGGUAUACGUAGUGCUCCCCCGAUAGCACGGGAUCGUCCGGUAUAAUAUCGUAAAACUUGGGAGAGUUCCACGUAAGAACGACGAGACUGACGACAUCGACGAUGUCCCGAAUUGCAGUCCGGUAGUUGGAAAAACUCGUCACCGCACUCGAAACAGAUAAAGUAAAUAUUUGUUUGAAAUAAUUGCGGAAAAAGAUGGAAAAAUUGCAACUUGAAGAAUAAGACAUUAAAUCGAGCUAAUUAAGAAAUUAGAUUAGUAAGAGAUAAUGAUAAAUCCUAUUCUUUUGUCUGACUCUUCGGUCUUUAUAUUCGAAGUGCGCGUAACGCGAUAGUGAUAAAAUGCAGUGCAGUGAACCAUAAAACUCUCUCUAAGAUAGCAGAUUUUCGAAGAGACACUUAGAACGUGCUCGAACGUGUUUGAAGAAAUUUAAUCGCAAAAUGGAUCGAGCGAUAUUUGAAUACUCGUGCAGUUUGUAAUGUCGAUAAGUUUAGCGGUGAAUUCCAUAUCUCGAAGUAGAUAUUGUGAUCGACGCGGACAGAGUCUAUUUCCGGACACCAUUGAUACUCCGAUAUUUCGUUCGAUGUCUGUUCGCAUACCGCUUGAAACUUGGACAGGCUAUAAGCAGCUGGGGAGUUCUAAGAUCUCUCUUCCGCAAGAGGAUCGAGCGAUUUCACGCGUGUAAUUUGUCUCAAGGACGCUGAAAUUCAGUGAGAAUCCCAGAGAUAUGGAUCACGUGCACGUGAAGUCGAGAUCGGCUUCGAAGAAUAACCCAACGAAAAUGGCCUGCGAGAAGGCGUCGAGACGUCUCAGGACGAUUCUCGUGAGGGCGUCCCGCCUCGGCGUCUCUACAACGGAAGUCGCCAGGUUACCGGCGGCUAAGAAGCUUAUUCCGCAAAGAGAUCACGGUUGGAAAUUGGCGGUGUUUCUUCUGCUUAUGUUCGGAGGUGGAGUUAUCGUCGCCUUGGUCUGCACCGCCAGGAAAGGAUGCUCGAAACUGGAGGAUAUCAGUCUGGCGACCUAGCCGUCGCGGCCCAUCACUCUCCGGGAACCGAUAGUGACAUUGAUGAC